GAGCCGGGCCCUCCUGCCGCCGUCUCUGCAAGAAAGAGGCAGCUCUGCAGGAAGUUCGCCCGGAGUCAAGUGCUAAUCGGACCAUGUGAUCGCUGUGCCCGAUUAGAGGUUAGUUCUGGGGAGCUCCAGGCUAGAAGAGAACAUCGGAGAAAUCUAGUGUGGAAAGCAUGUGACAGAGACUUUUUGUGUGCGUGUGUGUGUUUUAACAGGCUUUGCAGCAGAAAAGAGGCAGAGGUCUGGGCAAUACCUAGCCAACAGAGCUAUCACCAGUUUUAGGGGUUUUACUUUCUAAAAAUGGGAAAGAAGCUUGACCUUUCCAGGUUAACAGAUGAAGAGGCCAAACAUGUUUGGGAAGUAGUUCAGCGGGACUUGGAUCUUCGCAAAAAAGAAGAAGAGCGUUUAGUGGCAAAGAUUUUGACUUCAGCACAGCAUUGCAAAAAUGAAGAUACAGCUAACAGAGCAGGCUAUGUCAUGUGGCAGUCAAAGGCCGAGGUAGAGAAGCGUGAAAAAGUGCCUGAAUCCUUAAUUUCUUUUAUUCUAGGUCUGAGUGGCAGAAUACAUAGCUUGCCAGAUGUCACCAGUGAUUAUCACUUGUACAGGAAUAAUGAGAGUGAGGAAGGGGAAACAAGUGAUGAUGUGGAUGGAGCAGAAUCUGAGUCUUACGCCAGGAUGCGCAAGAAAAAGCGCCUACUUUCUGUACAUUCCUUUGAUUUUGAAACCGACUCAGAAUAUUCUUCCCAAUCUCGCCGUCAAUCUGUCCAGCUUUCUGGGAAAGAAGACUUUCAGAGCAUUGAAGAUUUUCCAAAUGGUGAGGAAGCCUCCAUGCAGAAGGACUCCAUGGUAGCAGAAGCAGACUUGGCUGCAGUUUUCCAUCAUAUCUUGCAAGAGCAAGGGAAGCACACGGCUCUUCCAGAACAGGAAUUCAGCACAGAAGUCCAGUUUAUAGGCAACUCGCAUAACAAAAACCUGGAAACAAUCCCCAAGGCUGGCAGCCCAUGGAAUAUGCAGCCCCAACUCCAGUACUCAGCUAAGGUGGAUACUUCUGAUGAAGAUGAAAAAGAGGCUCAAGAAACGUUCAUCUAUCAGCCACGGUACACAAAACACAGGAGCACAGCAUCUUCACAAGGAAAUGGAAAUCAGAUACUUGAACUGAACAAACGCAUCUCUGUUAUUGAAAGUAUGCUUAGCUGUCUUGAGGAAAAGAUUCUAGUUCACUCUGAGAAGCCUCUAGGUAUUGAUUCCUGCAUUGAUCGUAGCACAGAAGAGAAAGAACUGAGGAGAAAAUCAGAAGAAUUGACAAGUAGCAUAACUGAAAAAGUUGUUUCUAUUGAUGAAGAAAAUGCAGGAAAGAAGACUGAAGAAUCCAAACCAGAAAUGGACUCAUCCACUGAUGACCUUCCUCCUAAUGCGAAGAAGGUAUUGUCCUCUGUGCCUUCAAUCUAUGGAUUGCAGAAAAGACGAAGAGAAUUGGAGGACCAAACCCAUCACAGUGCAACAACAGAUUCAGAACUGUCAGAGUUGGAAGACAAAGUGGCUUUUUCUGUGGCUGAAUUACAACACAGAGAGACUAAGGUGUCUGAUAUAGAAUCUCGGAUCGCUGCACUGAGUGCUGCUGGGUUGACAGUUAAACCAGUGGAAAGGUCUAAGAAGAAAAGAGGCAUCCAGAUCAUGUCUGUGUCCCAUGUGUUGAGGAAGAAAUUCAGUAUUUCCCAUGAAACUCCAAGCAAUGCUGAAUCCUUUGCUCGGAACUCCUAUUACAGAGGAUCAUUGACCCAACGAAAUCCAAAUGGAAGAAACAGAAAAAUAGAUCACAUCUUCACGAAACCUGUGAUGACCCAUCGUUCCUGAAAACAGUGGACUCUUCUAAGAUCAAUAUUGCAAAAUCCUGGCUCAAGUUUUUAUUUUUGUUGCUUUUUUCUCUCUUACCAGUCUAUUUGUUCCAUGAAAGAAGGAAAACAAACAAAUUACUUCUGAACAGAAAUCUCUGAGGAAGAAUCCUAUGACAUUUGAGCUCUAACUUCUCUAGCAGAGCAGCAGGUCUCAAUGUAUGUUAUGGAAUCCCUUCCUCAGCUUCUUCACUUAUCUUAAAUAGAUAUAUCCAGGUGGAUUAAAGACACAUUUUCUAGGCCACUAAGCUUGUAGUUUAGCUGUAUGGGACCCAUAUAUACAUUUUGUAUUUUCAGUGCUUGGAACUGCUCAAGAUUCAUGUCCUACUGCUAUUACUAAAUCAUUGGGUGGUAAGGAGAAGGGUUUGAUUUACUUUACAAUGUAGAAAAAUCAAUAAUUCCUGAAGGUAGCUUGAACUUUUUGAAUUAAAUCAUCAUGAUCUGUUUAUAAAAAAAAAGAUUCAGAAAGACUUUGUAAGACUAAUUCAUUAGCAUAAUAAAUAGAGGGAAACAAUUUUGUCUUGUACAAACUUAAUUCUGUUGACCACUGAAUUAUAACCCCUGGAAAUUUAUGCUAUGGUAACUAUAGACUUCCCACAUUUUAUGCUAGGAUUAUGUGUCCCCAAAACUUUGCAUAAAGAAUGAGACACUGAA